CGUCACAUGUUGUUUCCCUCCUCACUCCGGUCACCAGGAGACAUGUGUUAUUUACUGCCCUGCUGCAGAAGGAGACCAGCGCUCGGCCGGCUCUGGAAAUAGAAAGGAGCCGUGCGGCGUUUUUCUUUUUUACGCACCGAACUGCGUCCCGAGGAGAAGCGGACGGACCAGCCAAGAAGAGGAAAGAGACAACCAGAAGAGGAAAGAAGAAAGAAGAAAGACAACCCCCCCUCCCAAAAAAAAAAAAAAACACAACAAAAACCGCGGCGUUUGUUUGAAGGAGGACGGUCUCAAGAAUGGCGAGUCCGCCGAACGCUCCCGGACAGCUGUUUUCCAGUAACGCCAAUAUCAACAACAACAACAACAACAUCAAGAAAUGCGGAUACCUGAAGAAGCAGAAACACGGACACAAGCGCUUCUUUGUGCUGAAGGAGCCGAGCGAGGGCUUCCCUGCCCGGCUGGAGUACUACGAGAGCGAGAAGAAAUGGAAAAACAAGUCGGCUGCGAAGAGAGUUAUUCCUCUGGACUGCUGCCUCAACAUCAACAAGCGAGCCGACGCCAAACACAAAUACCUCAUCGCCCUUUACACCAAGGACGAGUAUUUCGCCGUGGCGGCGGACAACGAGCAGGAGCAGGAGAACUGGUACCGGGUGCUGACGGAUGUCAUGGGCGAGGGGAAAGCGUGCGACGGCUCAGCGUCCAAUUCCGCCUCCUCCCUGGUGGGCUUCGACGAGGCCAGCUACGGCAUGAUAACGCCGGUCAGCGCGGCGUACAAGGAGGUAUGGCAGGUCAACCUGAAAUCCAAAGGGCUGGGGCAGAGUCGAAAUCUCACCGGCGUGUACCGGCUCUGCCUCUCCAGUCGGACUAUCAGCUUCGUGAAGCUGAACUCGGAGGUGGCCUCCGUCAGUUUACAGCUGAUGAACAUCCGCAGGUGCGGCCACUCUGACAGCUUCUUCUUCAUCGAGGUGGGUCGCUCUGCAGCCACGGGUCCGGGGGAGCUGUGGAUGCAGGCGGACGACUCCGUGGUAGCCCAGAACAUCCACGAGACCAUCCUGGAGGCAAUGAAGGCCAUGAAGGAGCUGUCUGAGUUCCGUCCGCGCAGUAAAAGCCAGUCGUCCGGCACCAAUCCCAUCUCCGUUCCCACCCGGAGGCACCUCAACAACCUGCCCCCCAGCCAGACUGGCCUGCCCCGCCGGUCACGCACCGACAGCAUGGCUGCCACGUCUCCCGUGAGCAAAUUCACCUCCUGUCGGAUACGCACGGCUAGUGAGGGAGACGGCACCAUGACACGCCCUGUGUCGGUCACCGGGAGCCCCCUCAGCCCCGGGGUUCACCGAACCCUCUUGAGCAGAUCUAACACUGUUACAGCUCGCCCAUGUCGGACCUUUGAGUCUUCUUCCCUCCAGCACAGUAAGUCUAUGUCAAUGCCCGUGUCUCGCUCCCCCCCUGUGGCCACCCCGAGCCCGGUGAGUCUGUCCUCCUGCCCGGAGAGCAGUGCUCCCCGCCCCUCCAGCUGCAGUGCCUCCUUUUCAGGCUCUCCCAGCGAUGCGGGUUUCAUUUCAUGUGACGAGUAUGGCUCCAGUCCCGCCGAUGUGCGGGACCUCCGGUUACCUCUCACCCUCCGCAGUAACACCCCCGAGUCCCUCAACGCCGACACCCCCCCUUCCCGGGACGGCAGCGACCUUCAUGGCUACAUGGUCAUGGAGCGGCAGAACCAGAGCGCUUACCGUCGCUUGCCGGAGAUGGACAAGGCCUACCGAAAGCGCACAUACUCCCUUACUACGCCUCGCCAGCAGAGGGGGCCACCGCAGGUCUCCUCGGCCUCGCUGGAUGAGUACACCCUCAUGAGGGCCACCUACACCAGCGGGAGUCAGUCUUCUCGCAGGUCUCACACCGCGUCCCCUAAAGGGACUUAUCCCGAAGACUACGGCGACGUCCACAUCGGCACCAGCACCAACAAAGGAGACAGUGGCUACAUGCCAAUGAUGCCAGGUGUUGCGCCUCCAGCGGCAGGGGCCAGGAAUAACAAUUACAUGCCCAUGAGCCCCAUGUGCGUUUCUGCCCCCAAGCAGAUCAUCAACCCGCGUUCACACCCAUCUUCGGCUGCGGGGCUGGGGCCACGCACAGAGUCCCCCGGGAGCAUCUCCCUGGAGGACAGCGGCUACAUGCGCAUGUGGUACGGAGCCAAGAUGUCGGCGGAGAGCACCGAUGGGCGGCUCACCAAUGGAGAGUACCUCAACAUGUCACCUGUGGAUCCUCUGGUGUCUGUCACCCCGCCCGACUGCUACCUUACUCCCCUGGCAGGCGACGCCCACCCGCUGCUGCCGCUUCACAGACAGCCUUACUCAUGCAGCUCCCUGCCCCGCUCCCUCAAAGCCCAGCCCCAGCGCAACGGCCCCACGGACACCGACCAGUACGUGGUGAUGAGUUUACAGACGCAGCGGAUAGAGGAGGAGUCGAAUGGCUGCCCCGGCUCGCCGGGCGAUUCCCCUGGCACUCCCCCCUCCUCUGCCCCGUCCCCCCUCAGAGCAGCCAGGGUAGAGUUGGGUCUGGUCCACCGGGGGAGGGCGAGUCGGCCCACCCGCCUGGCUCUGGAGGCCCUCAAAACGCUCCCUUGUAUGAGCGAAGACCCCCAACCCUCGGAGCCGCGCAGCCCAGGGGAGUACAUUAACAUAGACUUUGGUGAUGCCACCCGGGCGUCCGGCGUCGCAGAGAACCCCGCCUCCUCUCAGAGGAUAUCCCCGCCGCUCUCGGACUAUGCUAACGUCAACGUCAACUCUCCGGGUCGACUCGGCUCAUGUCAGCCGCUCCUCAGACACUCACCCGACCGGGUAACAACUGGCAGCAGCCUACCAAAUUCACAGCAGGACACGGAGGAGGAGGUGGAAGUGGUAGAUGAGGAGGAGGAAGAGGAGGAGAAAAGCACAGAAGGAGAGGAGGAUGAAGAGGAGAGGGGGUUGAUAGAAGAGUACCCUCUCCCGCGGCAGGGGAGCCCCGUGGGUCAGUCCGGCCCGGUCAAGGAUGACUACACGGAGAUGACGUUCAGCCCCCCCGCCCCACUCCCCACUAUCUGCUCCACGGAUGCCUCCCCUCUCCCCACCAGCCCCACUGCCUGCGUCAAGAGACUCAGCCUGGGGGGUGCCAUUGUGGGGCCGGUGCCCCUGGUGCCGGUGGACUCGUUUCUCUUGGGGGGUGCCUCGUUAUCGGUCCCCUCGGUGGACCCGGACAGAGGGGCCAAGGUUAUCCGGGCGGACCCGCAGGGGCGAAGGCGGCACAGCUCGGAGACCUUCUCCUCCACCACCACAGUCACACCGGUGUGCCCGUCGUUCGCCCACGACACCAAACGGCACAGCUCCGCCUCGGUGGAGAACGUGUUCCGCCCUGUCCGGAGCUCGGAGGUCUCCGACGAGGAGUACGGCAGCAGCAGCAGCCCCAUGUGCAGGGAGACCUCGGCGGGCUACCAGAACGGACUAAACUACAUUGCCUUAAACCUGAUGGAGGGAAGCUUCAGCGGGUGCAGUAUAGGGGGCUGUGAGGGACUGCUGAGGUUCAAGACGGCUUGUGGCUGCAAAGGGGGCAUGAACGGCUUCAAUGCCAACCCCUAUGCCAGUCUGGGCUUCAAGGAGACUGCCACUGCUGUGAAAGACUGAAGGCCGACUGGGACUGCCCACCUCUCUCUCUCUCCUCUCUCCUCUCUCUCUCUCUCUCUCUCUCUCUCUCUUUCCUGUGAACGAGGGACCGCUGCAGCCCAGUGACGAAGUCGCCACACUGACAGCUGGACCAUGUGCUGCAGCAGAUGACCUUUAACCCCCCGCCCCAACCCCAACCCCCAAUCUGGGGUUCACAGGGACUGCCAUCGUCAUGGCAACGCGGACACUUGACCCUUCCCCCCAAAUUUUUUUUUCCUCCACUCUCUCGGCACCCAAACAUUCAGGCGCCGUUUUGCUGCUGCUGUAUUAGAUGACUUAGAAAAAAGACGUAGACUCUAACACUAAAGGCCUUUACACACCUGGGACGUGUGCUGAUGUGUCGUAGGUUAGUUUACAUUAUUACGACAGUGACCCCACUCCUGGUACCACGUAUUGUUUGGCUAAAUUAACCAUAAACGACUCAACGCAGAAGAGCCGUUUAACGCGCUCCUUUCGUGCUCUGCUAGGCACUGCCGGAAAUCAGUUUGUGGUAACGCCCCCGGAGGUCACUGUCGUAAUAACGUAAACUAACCCUACGACACGUCAGCGCAGGACGUGACGAAUAAACGACCUGAAAAACGCAAAAUGCUCGCCUGCGAAUGUUCCGCUUCACACCGGAAGCGAUGAGGAUUCCCGCCAGAAACACGAAUUUGUGGAUUCGCGACGACACCGGACGCUGCUCCGGGCGGCGUGUGUGCGGCGCCCGGGUAAAAAGCGACAAGAGUGCCUCCCGUAUUUGAGCCAAACCUGCUACGACACCGUUGCCUUGCUUACCAGCCCCACUACAUCCAAACGUACACUACAUAAGCUACUCACUACCCUGACAAGCUACUCGGUGGUUUUUGUAUCCUUUGUCGUACAAUGCCGGCCGGCCGAUGGCGAACGCCAACAGGUCCGCCAUUGUCGUUGGGCGUUGUGACGCGCGCGACGUCCGGUCCGCGCAACGUGAUUGGUUGAUGCCUUUUAUUCGCCGAAAACUCGACUUCCUUCCGGAGGGAGAUGCGCGAAUGAAUGAACGUAGCUUUGUCGCGUUCUGUGUGAAAGUACUCACGACAAAAACAACAGCUCGAAAUAAAUAUAUAUGGACGUGGAAUUAAUCGCACAAAAAAAAAACCCGGUGUGUAAAGGCCUUUAGAGAACUAUUUAUCUGUGUACGUAGGCCUGUAAAAUCAUUCAAUAUUAUCAUGCAGAUUACUAUAGUUAUUAUUUGUUGUUGUUGGUACUAUUAUUAUUAUUAUUAUGCAUACACUUUCCACUGGUUUUCCUUUGGCUUCGGCCGACAGGGCCAGUUACCUUUACCUUAAAACCUGUGAACCAAACCUGGAAAAUAUGCGUACACACUCACACACAAAGACACACACACAAAAAAAAAAAACACGCGCGCGCGCGUGCACACACACACGGUCAAGAACCUUUCUUGCAUACAGAUUAUAUAUAUAUUUAUUUAUUUAUCAUAUCUGUAUGCUUUUAGUGAAAUGUGUGUGAAUAUGUACGCAGAUUGAACUGCAACAAAAGAGGUGGCAUUCAUGAAUAUAUUUAAUCAUCCAAGUUUGCAAUUGCUCAAGAAUAGAGAAAAUACCUACCUCAGAGCAAAUACCAGGUUGGUAACCAUUCAAACAGCAUACAUUAUAUAUAUAUAUAUAUAUAUAUAUAUAUAUAUAUAUAUAUAAUGUAUGAUCUAUUUAUUUUCAGAGGUGAAUGUUUUUGUAAAACCACCAAUCCAAAGCCUUACUCUAGUCUUCAGCCCUCGUCUGAUGGACCUUUUAUUUCGGACCUAUAAACACGCAGUAUAUCAAAGACUUAAGUGAUCGUCAUGAAGACCGAAUGUUUGUCAGAGCAGUAGGAGAGACGGCCUCUCUGAGAUUAACUUUUCUAUUUUUCACUUGCUACAUUUACAAAAUAAAAGAGUAAAUGUACUAAAUAUUCAGAUUAAUAUAUUUAUUAUUACGACUGAG